UUCAAUUCAAAUCCAUAUAGAAAUCACUUUUUAUUGUUUUCAUUAUUUUAUCCUUUAUUUAGUGCUAUAAUAGUGUUGUAAUUGUGUUAUAAUUGUCGGCAUUUGUGUCGCAAACUCGCCAUCAGUUUCAUUGCGAAGACACCACUCACUCGUCAACACAGAUAUACAUUACAUAUAUAUAAAUACAUUACAACUAUAUUUACAUCUAAUUUAAUAAUUUAAUAUGAGUUCUGAAUCGGAUCUAAAUAUCGAUAGUAUUAUCAGUCGACUUCUGGAGGUGCGCGGCUGUCGGCCCGGAAAGACUGUCCAAUUGGCCGAAGCGGAAGUCCGGGGUUUGUGUCUGAAGUCACGGGAGAUAUUUUUAAGUCAACCCAUUCUUCUGGAAUUGGAGGCGCCCCUCAAGAUAUGCGGUGAUAUUCACGGGCAGUACACGGAUCUGUUGCGACUCUUCGAAUACGGAGGCUUUCCUCCCGAAGCGAAUUACUUAUUUCUGGGCGAUUACGUCGAUCGCGGCAAACAGUCAUUGGAGACCAUAUGUCUUCUGUUGGCCUAUAAGAUCAAAUAUCCCGAAAACUUCUUUCUGCUUCGAGGCAAUCACGAGUGCGCCUCCAUUAACAGGAUCUAUGGCUUCUAUGAUGAAUGUAUGGCUCUCUCUCUCUCUUUCUCUCGUGAAUGCAUUUUCUAA